CAAGGCGGAAGGGGCUGAAAGGGAACACGUGAUUUUCGUCUUUCUUAGUUUCUUUGUAUUUAAAGUUGGAGAUAAGGAAUUAGUAUAUUAUCUGCAGUUAUUUAUGUAAAAGCAGGAGCGGCAGGGCCAUGUCUUCCGCGGCCGCCCCCCCGCAGUCGCGCCCUUCGUCCGUGCCCUCCAGGCAGCGGCAGCAGCGAUGGGACAGUUCGGAGGACCACCACAAGACGGGCGUCACGGUUACGCUGCCAACGAUUCAGGUGACGGAAGCGAAGCAGGCCACGAUGGGCACUGGCGGCCUGGAAGUCCUCCCAACGGAACUCAUAGACACGAGCGGACUCCCAAAGCCCUUAGCGGAGGACACCCACGCCCUGAACGCCGCCUUGCUCUCGCCGCCCGGAGAGAUCCCGACGUCGUUCCUGCCGGCGUUGUCUGGGCCCUCGAAGCCCCACGCGCCAGGAGCAGAUUUGAAACUCCCGCCCUUGGUAGAAGCCCCCGUCUUACCACCCCGGACCCUCGACGACGCCAUUGAACUCGUCAGCAAAUGCAACAUGAUGCUGUACCUCACCCUCAAGCACCCGCCCUCUGAACUUGAGUACAACCCCUACAGCUUCAACGUCGUCAGUGGGCGGCCGAAGGGGCUGCGGGAGUACGCCAUCCUCAGCAACGCGGGCGUGACCCAAGUGUGGCCUACUGAAGUCACGUUCACGCCCAUUGAUGCCUUUCAGAGGGAGUUCCAGCUGUACAACAAAUUGCGGAAGAUCCGCUUCUUCCGCGUGUUCCGCCUCCGGAAGACGUGGCAGGUGUGGCGGAAGAUCGUGCGCUCGCGGAAACUCCGGGAGGCGAAGGCAAGGAUCACGGCGUACCUGGUGAUCCUUCAGCCGCCCUUCUUCGGCACGCUAGCCAACGUGGCAGCCCUUUGCCACAAGCUCUCGCACAUGGGCCUGCUGGAGGUGGCUCUGGAGGAACCUGUGGUGAUGGACGCCUGGGUGAGCGACGUCCAAGGAGCGCUUGAGAGUGUGAGGACCCGAUUGCACGCCUUCAGGUCGCUCCUUCUGCAGGUGGUGGCCAGCAUGGUGCAUACCGACGAACCUGCAGGCGACGGCGACGGAUCGGAAUUACUGAGUGGAGAGAAGAAAUCACCGCGGAGUAAUACAGGUUCGUCCUCCAUGCCUCGACGCCAUGCUUCGGCUUCGAUCGUCAAGUGA